AUGAAAUCUACAGAAUUCUAUUUUCUUGUUUUAUUAUUAACAGCAUCAGUAACUAUAGUCUCAACACUGAUGUGCUAUGACUGUCCGUUACAUCAUUAUGAUUUUUUAAUAACACCUGACAAUAUUCCGAAUUUCAUGAAUUGCACAACAAUUGAUACAAAACAAAAUUUUUGUUCACUUAAUUUUUAUUCGGAUGAUAAUGGUAAAACAAGUAAACUACGAGCGAAUCCAAAUAAAGGUGAUGAACAUGCAAGUGUCUCCUAUAUUUCUGCUGGAUUUGAUGUACCAAGAGGUUUUGAUAAUACAAUAUCGUUUGGUCUUUUAUAUCAAUGUAUGACAGACAAUUGUAAUAAUCCACAAAUGAUUUUAAAACGAAUAUUAGAAGCAUCAACUAUCGAAACAUAUAAACCUCCUCAAUUGUCAUCUGCUACUGAUCUAUCUUCACGAGCAGAACCUCUUACGUGUUUUACAUACAACAACUUCACAAAUUCAGAUGAAUGUAAACCAUUAUUCCAUAAUCGCCAAUCAUCAAACGCUGCUGAAGUUUGCUCAACAUAUUGUGUAACAGAAAUUCAUAUUGAUUCAAUAGAUUUAAAAACUGAAAGAAUGUGUUCAUAUUGUGAACAAGAUACUAAAGAACGAUUUUCAUACAUUGAUGAAAGAGUCUAUUUAUUAGAUCAACGAAUUAGUCGUCUACAACAACUAGAAUAUAUUUGUAAUACAAGUCGAGAUUGUAAUUCAUUGGAGAACAUACGACAGAUUCAACAACGAUACAGAAUUGAAUUUGAUUUUGAUAAAUUUUUCAAGAACAGUGGAACAUCAAUGCUCAUCCUAUCUGUUCGGAUGCAAUACAUAGGAUAUUUUCUAUUCAUUAUCGUAAUUUGGUUGAAUAAUAAAUACUGA